AUGGGCGAUGCGCUUGCAUUUGAUGAUGCUCUCAUGGGAGACUUCCUUCGGGACAUUAUCUACCCCGAUCAUAACUCCUCACACAAUGCCCCUAGUCAGAUGGGGUUCCUGCCUGAUGUACUGGACUUCGGCUUUGACACGCUUCUCGACAUGCCGCCGCCCAUGUUUGAUCAAGAGCUUCCGUCGACCACUUAUACCGACGCCGAAUUGAACCCAUUACCUCCCUCUCGCAGUGGAGCAGUGACACCGAACGUUCGCAAGGUCAUCGACAUCGGGCAGCAGGCGUUCAAAGAUUCGUUCUGGCUCUGGACUCCGGCAUCCGGUGACAACCGUUCCGCGGAGCAGACCUUUCUUACCAUCUCCGAGGAUCAGAUCGUCCGAGAAGAGAAUGAUAUUCAGAUUCCAGCCUCGUUCACCGUCUCGCUCGCCAGUCGAGAUCGCCUGCUAUCCAUGAUUCUGGGAACUUGCGAUCCGGCCACGCAGCGACACGUGCUCGCUAGAUUCCCAUCUGGCAAACUCAUCUCCUCGAUUCUGAACUGGUUCUUGGCUCGACGCUUUGAUGAAACAGGAUGGUGGCUUCAUGUUCCCAGCAUGCAUGUCAAUCAGGAGCACGAGACGUUUCUGGCUGGGCUCCUCAGCGCGGCUGCAGUGGAAUCCCAUCAUCCAGAUAUCAGAAAGUUAGGCUUUGCUGUGCAGGAAGCGGCACGAAUCGGCGUGGCCAACCGCUUCGAAGAGGACAACCGCAGCACACGCGACCUCAGGAUCCUCCAAGCAUUUGCGCUCCAGCUCCAUGCCGGCUUCUGGAGCGGUAUGCGACGCAAAAUGGAAAUAGCGGAAAGUUUUGCGUAUCCUCUGAUUACCAUGCUGCGUAGGUCUGGUCGAUUCCGAUUGUCACGGACAAACCAAGGGGAUACAAACGCUCAAGACGAAUGGAGAAACUGGAUUCGAGAAGAGUCCUUCAAACGUCUUGCCUACCAUGUUCUUAUCCUAGACGCGACGAUGUCCAUGUCAAUGCUUACGCAACCUCUCCUGUCGCCUGCCGAGUUCCAGCUCGAGCUUCCCUGCUCGCCCAAGUUAUGGACGGCGGCCUCAGCAGAUGAAUGGCAGAGUCUCGGUUCUACAAGCCACGAUAUUCUGCUGCCCACAAUACGAGAUACCAUGGCCAACCUUGGAGUGUUAGUCGACCAUCAAUGCAACGUCGAUGUUCAACUCAGCCUCGAAAUAGUUAUCGCCGGCCUCUGGUCACGCGUGUGGCAAUUCCGGCAGCUUCGAGCUACUUCUUCUUUGGACGGCAGUCAUUCCAAUUCAUUACCCGCCAACAGCCUACAUCAGGAGCUCCAGCACAACUUUCAGUACCUCAAGAUGCGUUCGGUGGAAUGGGAAGGUUCCAUCUCUGCCCCGGUCGCUCUGAAGCUCCAACUUUGCCAGAUGCACCUAUACGUAUCGCUCGAAGAUAUCCAGGUCUUUGGUGGCAAAGAAGGCGCGACUGAGGCCCGGAGAACGGUGCCUCAGCUUCAAGCAUGGGCCCAGUCCCGGGAGGCGCGUGAAGCACUUUACCACGCGGGUCAAGCACUGGAAGCCGCUACGCAGCUUGAGACUGGCACUCUACGAGGCUUCGCCGCGGUCGCGGUCUAUCAUGCCAGCUUGGUGUUGUGGGCGUAUGGAAUACUCCUCGAUCCGAGUACGAGGAGUCGCGAAUACGGCCCGCCCAUGAUCCUGGGGUUGGAUAAUGAUGACGUUGUUCAUCUGCAGCGCUUUCUUGUUUUGGGCCAAGGCUCACCGUGCAUUCGAGACUACUGCGACUUUGCCUCGAACGCCGCUCCAACGAUUCCCGUCACCGAUCCCGCGAGAGUGAUGAAUUCGAUUGCAGCGCUGCUCUCCAAUGGCAGUGGAAGUGAUGAGCGGUCAGCGCUGCCUAUAGUCACCAACCUGAGCAAGUUGAUGCGGUCGCUCGGAAAUGCGGCGAUCGUCAUGAAACGUAUCCACUCAUAG